CUUCUCGGGGUGUUGCACAAGUUUCGAGGUUACCGGUGACCCCCCCUAGCAGCGCGCCUGGUUCUGGCCCCCGCGAAGGAGGACGGGGCUUGUGUGUUGCAUACUUUCUAAGGCGGCCGGAGGCAUCGGCAACUCCAUCCAGCCCACCGGCUCCUCCUCCUCGGCAUGGCUGGCUACCUGAGUGAAACGGACUUUGUGAUGGUGGAGGAGGGCUUCAGCACCAGAGACCUGCUGGAGGAGCUCACUCUGGGGGCCUCACAGGCCACCACGGACAAGGUUUCUGCCUUCUUCUUGGCCGACCUGGGUGCUGUAGUGAGGAAGCACUUCUACUUUCUGAAGUGCCUGCCACGAGUCCGACCCUUUUACGCUGUCAAGUGCAACAGCAGCCCAGGCGUGCUGAAGGUCCUGGCUGAGCUGGGGCUGGGCUUCAGCUGUGCCAACAAGGCAGAGAUGGAGUUGGUCCAGCAUAUUGGUGUCCCCACCAGUAAGAUCAUCUACGCCAACCCCUGUAAGCAAAUUGCACAGAUCAAGUAUGCUGCCAAGCAUGGGGUCCAGCUGCUGAGCUUUGACAACGAGAUGGAGCUGGCAAAGGUGGUAAAAAGCCACCCCAGUGCCAAGAUGGUUCUCUGCAUUGCCACCGAUGACUCCCACUCCCUGAGCCACCUGAGCUUCAAGUUUGGGGCGUCGCUGAAAUCCUGCAGACACCUGCUUGAAAAUGCCAAGAGGAACCACAUGGAGGUGGUGGGUGUGAGUUUUCACAUUGGCAGUGGCUGUCCAGACCCUCAGGCCUACGCUCAGUCCAUUGCAGAUGCCCGGCUUGUGUUUGAAAUGGGUGCUGAGCUGGGCCACAGGAUGCACAUCCUGGACCUCGGCGGCGGCUUCCCUGAAGUGGAGGGGGCCAAAGUGAGAUUCGAAGAGAUUGCUUCUGUGAUCAACUCAGCCUUGGACCUGUACUUCCCAGAGGGCUGUGGUAUAGACAUCCUUGCCAAGCUGGGGCGCUACUACGUGACCUCGGCUUUCACCUUGGCAGUCAGCAUCAUCGCCAAGAAGGAGGUUCUUCUGGACCAGCCUGGCAGGGAGGAGGAAACCGGUUCCGCCCCCAGGACCAUCGUGUACCACCUCGGUGAGGGCGUGUACGGAAUCUUCAACUCAGUCCUGUUUGACAACACCUGCCCUACCCCUGUCCUGCCGAAGCUCACUUGCUCUUAGGCAAGACGCCUGCCAUGUUGUAAGCUGCCUUAUGGAGAGGACCAUGUGUCCAGGAACUGAUAUCCUUGUCAAAUAGCCAGCGAGGAGCUGAGGACGUCUAACAGCCACAUGAGUGAGCUUGGAUGUGGAUCCUCCUCCAGGUAAGCAUUCACAUGACUGUGGCCCUGGCUAACACAUGAUGGCCAUGAUGGUUGGGACCUUGAGCUAGAGGCACCCAGCUAAGCCACAUCCAGAUUCCUGACCCACAGAAACCGUGAGACAAUAAAUGUUUGUGGGUUUUGUAAGUUUUAACAAAAAUUGAAGAUACUGUUAAUGCAUCAGCAGAUAACUGGAUAAUAGAGAGACAUUAGAAGCAAAGAAAAAAAGCAGGAUGACUUGGAAGGGACACUUGUUCUAGGCCAAGGAAUUGAUGAUGAGAAUCUGGAUUGAAGCAGGUUAGAGGGGGUGAGGAGCAGAGGACAGAUUUGAGAUACGUCUGGGGAAAAAAAGGGAAGAUAUUUGGCAAUGGAGUUAGAUGUGGGAAUGAGGGAGAAGGCAGAGGAGAGAACAACACCACUGUUUGGUAGCAUGGGGGAUGGUAUUAGCUAGAGUUGCCAGCGUGCGGGCCACUGGGGAUGAGUUUAAAAAGUAGCUCCUUGAGAUUUCUGGCAACAACAAGAUAGAUCAACAAGCAGACUCUAGGUUGGAUACAGUCCAGUCACUGUGGUCUGGGGGUGUGGGAUAUUGCAGAAAAAUAGGAUUAAGGCUGUAAAAACUGGAAGGAACUCUCUUCACUGAGCUAAACUUACUUGUCAAAGUGUGUCCCCUUCAUUUGGUCAUUCAUUCAGCAACUAUGUAUUAAGUGCCUUCUUUGUGCCAGGCACUGACCCAGGCACUGGGGAUAUAAAAGUGAGCACAAAAGUCCCUGCCUUCAUGGCACUCAAUACAUUUUUUAAGUUUCUGGUUGUUGCUCUCUCCAGCCUUGUCUCUGUCUUAAUCUUUGAUGAUUUCAGUAUACACAGAUGAUCCUGACCCACAGAA